UCCAGUUUUUGCUACCCAGACAAAUCAAACUGGAACGAAUGCGGCACCUCUCGUCAAGUAGAUGUUGAAAGACGGACCGAUUUAAGGGUCGGACGUUUUUGUGUCACGUGUGUUCAAUGUUUUUAUAAACAGUAAUGUAUUGCGGUCGAGUUAGUAUUUAUGCUGUGAUAUAAAUGUGUUUUACGUUUACUGUAAUGUUCGAUCCUUUGUGUCCUAUGUCACGGUAAAGUGCAACUUUAAAAUAUAUAGCACUAGAAGCGAACUGUACUCGCCGUAAAGUUUGCAGCAAAAGCAGAGCAAAUGAGUAUCUCUCGUAGACUGCUCGGGACGUUACGCCAAACACAAGUUGUCAGUUGACCGGUGAUUAAUUAAAGGAACUUCUAGUUUAUGAUGAUUAUUCCUAGCCACGUUGUUGCCCGUGUCCUCAUCGGACAUAGCUUGCGUAAAUAUUAGGUGUUUAGGACGAUUACAACCAACCACACAAUAUAAGUUCCCCCAAUCUCCACUUACACAGUCACAUUAGCAAACUUCCUGUCGAUUAGUGUGCAGCAAAUGUUCUGUAGAUCAGGCUUGCUGGUUAUUUUACAAGCUGUUAUUUGUGUUGUUUUGCCCAAUACCUCUUCAGAGACAACAUGUAUAAACAAUCUUCGCUAGAUUUAGAUCACAGUCCAACACCCAAGCCCCCAGACACCACCUUUCAGAAGAAUGGAGAAAAAAACAGUCCUAUAAGCGUAAUUCUGGUUAGUUCAGGAAGCCGUGGAAACAAAUUGCUCUUUCGAUACCCAUUUGUGAAGGUGUCUGAAAACACAUCAUCAACUGCAACGAAACAGCGAAGUCCAUAUGCUCUGAGGACUACCAGCGAUGCCACUGAGGACCAAGAUGGAGAUUCACGAGAGCAAACUCCAUUAACUGAUGAACAGUUGGUAGCAGGUUUCUCCGAUAUCAUUCUUGCGACCAUCUUGGCCACCAAGUCAGAUAUGUGCGGCAAAAAGUUUGAACUGAAGAUUGAUAAUGUUCGCUUUGUGGGACAUCCUACCCUCCUGCAGCCACCACACACCAUUCAGGUUUCCAAAACAGAUCCUUCACCAAAAAGAGAAAUGCCGACCAUGAUCUUGUUUAGUGUUGUGUUUGCAUUAAGGGCUAAUGCAGACCCAUCGGUGAUCAGUUGCAUACACAACCUGUCGAGGCGCAUCGCCAUUGCCCUGCAGCAUGAGGAGCGACGCUGCCAGUACCUCACCAGGGAGGCCAAACUCAUGCUGGCUGUGCAAGAUGAGCUCACCACCAUGACUGAGAGUGAGGCCUUUCAGCCGGAUGGCAUUCUGCAGUCUCCCUUUCGACACAUUCUUCCCAAGUGUAAACUGGCAAGAGACCUAAAGGAAGCCUAUGACAGCCUCUGUACAAAUGGAGUGGUGCGACUUCACAUCAACAACUGGCUGGAGGUCAGCUUCUGCCUGCCCCACAAGAUCCAUCGUGUUGGAGGGAACCACAUUCCCCCAGAUGCCUUGGAACGCAGCCUUAAGGCCAUUCGGCCGUACCAUGCCCUGCUGCUGCUGGACAGUGAGAAAGCCCUGCUGGAUCAACUCCCACUCGAUUGUUCUCCUGCUCUGUUGCGUCUCAUAAAGAUCUGUUCAGCUAUGAAGAACUUGCAGCAGCUGGCACAAGAUGCUGACCUGGCUCUCCUGCAGGUCUUUCAGAUAGCUGCUCAGUUGGUAUACUGGGGUAAAGCCAUCAUUGUGUAUCCACUCUGCGAGAACAACGUAUACAUGCUGUCUCCACACGCCAACAUAUUUUUGUACUCUCCACUGGCAAAGCAGUUUUCCCAGCAGUUUCCUGGUUAUGACCUGCCGUCCAUGCUAGCCAAGUUCUCUCUACCUGUAUCUCUGUCUGAGUUCAGGAACCCACUGGACGCCUCUGUACAUGAGGCACAAUUGAUCCAGAUGGUGGUGUGGAUGUUGCAGAGGCGGCUGCUGAUCCAGCUUCACACCUAUGCGUGCCUGCUUGUGCCACCCAGUGAGGAACAGCCAUACCCACUGGAGGACGAGGUGCCGAUGGUGAACCGUGUGGCUGGACGCAGCAUCAGCACUCCUACCACCCUCAGUUUCGGCUCCCCAACCAGCAGCGAUGACAUGACACUGACAAGCCCUAGCAUGGACAACUCCAGUGCUGAGCUGCUGCCAGGGGGAGACUCUCCACUCAAUAAGAGAAUGACUGAGACCUUAUUGGCUAGUCUGACCGAACACGAGCGCCAUGCCAUCCUUAGCGUGCCUGCUGCACAAAAUCCUGAUGACCUGCGCAUGUUUGCUAGGUUGCUGCACUACUUUAGAGGGCAUUACCACCUGGAGGAGAUCAUGUACAAUGAGAACAUGCGUCGCUCCCAGCUAAAGACUCUCUUUGACAAGUUCCGCAGCGUUUUAGUGGUUACCAACCACGAGGACCCCAUCAUCUCGCUGUUCCAAACACCACCCGAGUAGCACAGGCCAAGCACCUCAUCCACCUUCCCGAACCAAAAUUUACAUUGAACUCAUUUAUUAUUAACUGUAUUCUGUGCAUGCUGGCAGUACUACUGACCAUUUUAGUGCUUUAAAUGAGAUCAACACACCGUUAACAUGACGAAAAUGAAGGAAUUCAGUUCACAAGACAUGCCUAAUAUACUUUAUGUAUCUUUUAUGAUAUAAAACAUAUUUUGCCUUUGUCUCA